CGAAACCAGUCUGCAGUACCGCAUCGAUGGGGUAAGCACGAAGGAUGGACAUGCAGUGAGUGAAUGUUUGAGUGUUUACAGCACGAUCAUCACAUCGCGGAAAGUGUCCGCUCUUGAUCUCGACGAGGUGUGCACGCCUCCCACCCAUGGAUGUACUCACAACUCUGUCAUGAUCUAGUCAGGCACAGCAACCGGAUCUCAGAUGGCAGACUAACUCGUCUUGGACGUUGGUAAGCCUGUCAACAAGUUGCAACGUCUCCUGCACAAGCAUGGCUCCCGCCAUCUCGAGCUCUGAUGGCCCCUUAGAUUCCCGAAGUGUGCCACCGUUAGGUAUGACCGGUGAGCAGUUUCACCAAGCAGCUACCUCUGUCAUUGAUGAGAUCGAGAUUUAUUACCGCGGGUUGGCGUCUCGUCCCGUGCUGCCAUCCAUAUCUCCAGGCUACCUGCGAAAGCUGCUGCCAAGCGAAGCUCCAGCAAAUGGAGAAGCAUGGCAAGACAUAGGGCGGGACAUAGAGCGCGCCAUCAUGCCUGGCAUUACCCAUUGGCAAAGUCCAAAGUAUAUGGCGUUCUUCCCUGCGAGCUCGACAUAUCCAGGAAUCUUGGGCGAGAUGUGGAGCGCAGCGCUGACGGCACCCGCCUUCAACUGGAUCUGUUCGCCUGCCGUGACCGAAUUGGAGACUAUAGUCUUGGACUGGCUUGCAAAGAUUCUGGGCCUACCCGAUGUCUUCCUGUCUCAUGGUGAAGGCGGUGGCGUUAUACAAGGGUCUGCAAGCGAGGCCGUUGUGACAGUGAUGGUAGCUGCCCGAGAACGUUUCGUCCGACAUCAGACAAAACGGGAAGGCAUCACUGAUAUCGAAGAGGCUGAGGAUAGAUCUUGUGAGAUUCGCAGCAAGCUUGUCGCAUUAGGCUCGGAUCAAGCUCAUUCGAGCACGAAGAAGGCUGCUAUGAUCGCAGGUACAAGGUUCCGCAGCAUUCCUACCGUGCGGGAGAAUGAGUUUGCACUUACUGGCAGCCAACUAAGGCAGACGAUUGAGGAGCUGUGCAGCAAGGGUCUACAUCCUUACUACCUGACUGUCAGCAUCGGAACGACUAAUACUUGCGCCGUGGACGACUUCAAAUCUAUCGCCGCAGUAGCUCGGGAUUACCCUGAUAUCUGGAUCCAUUGCGAUGCAGCCUACGCUGGUGCAGCGCUGGUCUUGCCUGAAUAUCACUAUCUGGCCAAGCAUAUGGAGCUGGUUGACUCUUUCGAUAUGAACAUGCACAAAUGGCUUCUUACAAACUUUGACGCAUCAUGCCUCUAUGUGCAAAAGCGCAAGCAUCUCACAGAUGCGUUGAGUAUCACCCCGGCCUACUUGAAGAACCAAUUUACAGAUAGCGGGCUAGUAACAGACUACCGUGACUGGCAGAUUCCCCUUGGGCGCCGUUUCAGGUCACUCAAGAUAUGGUUCGUGUUACGGACAUGGGGCAUCGAAGGUUUGCGUCAGCACAUAAAGCACCAUCUUCGGCUUGGCGACCUGUUCGCUGAUCUGAUCCGGUCUCGGGAGGAUCUCUUCAGCACAUUGACGUCACCAAAGUUCGCACUUACGGUAUUCACGGUCAAACCUCGAAGAUCUCAGUCCGCAAUACCCAACGACCAGACCAAUGGUCAUGAUCCAAGACCCUACCAAGACCAGCACCUACCGGUUGUACCUGACGUGAGCAACGAAGAGCUUCAACUGGCCAAUGAUCUGACGAAGCAGGUCUAUACCGCAAUCGACGAGAAGCAAGAGUUCUUCCUUACCGCAUCCGUGGUUGGCGGCGUAUAUGCCAUUCGAGUCGUGUCUGCUAAUCCGCUGGCCGAAGAGAAGUAUAUCCGUCAAGUCUUUGAGCUACUGGUCGCCACAACCGAAGCAACACUUUCCGGGAAGCAAUGAUUAUAACGCAGCGAUUACUGCUGUUCGACGUGAGGUCAGCCAGUCAUGUCCCGUCCCUCUGAGCCUGGAUUGUCUGGACUACCACAUAUACCAUGUAGGCGACAUGAGCUUCUAGCUCUCAGUGCCCGCAGCCUUAUCCCAUACUGACACAAGCUCUGUAACGCUCAUCAGACCUUCUCAACCCGUUCGGAGGUCACCCCACUUUUCGCUGACAGACUAAUACCGUGCUCCUCCAUAUCUACCGCUUGUGCGUACUCUUCCAUCUCCGCCUUUGUGGCCUGGUAGUAGUGAACAGCAACUUGGUCUCCGAAUUGUGCGUUGAUGUCCUCGAGACUGCGCUGACAUGUUUCGGGAAAGAAGAAAUAGAUCACGGGUAUGUAUACCGCUGUUGG